CUGAAAAAUACCUUUGUAACGUAUCAGAAAGCUGUAAAUCAUCCAUUUUUCAAAAAUAUAUUGUGACAGACAUAAUAACCUAUUCGUUUUGACGUUUCCAAUUGAAUAUGACACAUGACUUUUAUAACGUUCAGAUUUGCCAACGUACAUUUGGUUUAUUUAUGUUUUGAAUUGAUAUGGGGUUAGUUGGAUUCUCAUUUUAUAAUAGAAGCAGUAUUGAAAAUUGGAGUUUACCUUCAUUGAUAUUACAACUGAAGUUCCCGUAAAUUAAACAGCUGAUUGGAUCAAUUAUUUGUAUAAAAAAAGAAAAACAACGAAAUAUAUGAAUGUAAGUAAUACAUCAACAAAACAGUGAGUUUUAUUUUCAUAGCUACUUUGACAUGGAGAAUAAUCGGCAAACAACUCGAAAUACUGUCAAUACAGAAUUAACAUCAACUCAAAUUAAUGCUGUUGAAGAUAUGGUAGUUGUACCAUCUAGUUCGCAGGCAGAAGAUACUUCCUCUAUGGCUACUUCUGAGGUAACAAAUAAUAUUCAAACGCCUUUAAUCAUCAAUGGUGCUGGUAUGAAUUUAGAAAGACCAAGGGUGAUACUAGUCGCUAAUUCAAUAAUAAGACACUCCUGUCCUCAAUUGGUACACAUCAUAAACCCAAAUCCUCAUGUGCAUAUAGGAGAAGACGAUGUAAACAACACUUUUUAUCGCCGUUGCAUUGAACUGAAAUAUGAACUUUUGAAACGAAAAUUAAAUUUAUUAAAACUCAAAAGAGACGGUCUCGCAAAACAAUUCGAUACAAGAAUGAAACUUCUCAAAACUCGUAUUUAUUUUGAGAAAAAGAAACUAUAUAUAUUUCGUAAAAAAUAUAGGUGUUAAUUUUUUUUAAACAUUUUUCAAGUUUAUAAAAAAGGAUCAUUGAGGAAACAAAAAUUUCUUAUAAUUUUGAAUAAAUAUUACUUCAGACUUUCCUAUAAAAUUCUCCAUAUCAUUUAACGACUGUUUUUGUAUGUUGAAUAGUUUUCUGUAACCUUUGACACUAUGGGAUUGUUUUAAAAUACAUACAGGGUGGUCUAGAAUUGAUGUUUAUUAAUUUAUAGAGCUGCAAGUACUUUUUCAUUUAUUUCUUUCUAAAUCUCUAAUAUAUCAUUCUCUUUUUGAAUGUCAGGAUUGUGGUAAAAUUAAUUACUAUAUUCUAUAGUUCAAUACAGAAUGAGUAUUAAAAAUCAAAGAAACAUGGAGGUUUUAGAUAAUAAUUUAUUACUCCUUCAUAUUAUACUUCCCUUUGAAAACAUUAAAAAAAAUCGGUAUUUUUGUAUAAAAAGGGUCUAACAGUUAGUCUUUCAUCUAAAACAGUUCAUAGUUAAUUUUUCCACAAUAGGUGGCGGAUAGUGAAAUUGCACAUUCCUAAAUUUGAUUUUAUCUCCCAUUGGAAAACAGUAUUUUAGCCCAGUUUGAUACACAUUUUCAUUGUUUAAUGAAAAGUGUAUUAACACGUUGACUGCUGUGUGUUUAUCGUAUAUGGUCACAUUAAUUUGAUUUUUGUAAAAAGUUGAAAAUAAACUUUUACUUCUUUGUUUAACAAUAAUUUGAAGUAUUUAAAUUUUAAUAUGUGAAAGUAAUGCAAAAUGCCUACAAACUAAAGAUAUUAUAACAUUUUUUUGAAAUUCUAUUUAAAUAUAAAUAUUUUCGUUCUCAUGUCGACGUACAUAAGUAACACCAUAAUUAGUGCCAUGUUCAAGUGAAUUCUUCUCAGAUUUUUAUUUUUCCCUUUUCUGAAAAAAUUGCAUUUGACAGUAGUUUGAGCGUUUCACUGUCUUUCAUAAAGAAUUAGAAGGAGCUAACAUGUCACCAAAAAAGUUCUAGCUUUUGAGCUUACACUUUUUCCAUGAUUUUAUCUUUUUUUUCUAAUUUUAUGAGACUUGUUUAAAUCAUUUUUCUAUUUUUCUACUACUUCCUGGAUUCCACUGUAGCAUUGACAAAGAUUAGGUCCUUUUCGACUUCUUUUAACCAUUUUCUCUAUCUUCUUUCAACCACUUUUCUCUUCGUCUUGUUUCAACCGCUUUCCUCUUCGUCUUCUUUCAACCACUUUUCUCUUCUUUUAUCUCCUGGAUCUCAUUUUAGCAAUAACAAGUCUUAGACCCUUCUUUACUUCCUUUAGUUCUAAAAAUAGUUGUACAUAAUUUUGGACAACAUUGUAUGUAUAUAAAUUUUGUACAAGAAAUUCAUUGAAGUGAAAACGAUGAAAAGCAUCAAGGUAAAUACUUCAUUCAUAUUCUUGUGUCAAUUUUUAUGAUUUCAUUAUGGUUUUUCUUCGUUCUUUACCAUAAGUAAAAUGUUUGUUCAUUCUUCUUCUUUAUCGACAAUCUGUCAGCAGCAAUGCAAAAGAAUUGAAGGCAAUUUUUAUUGAACCAGGUUCGCAUCUUCUUCCUGUGCCUCUUUUCCCAAAUAUUUUGCUUUGUAGGAUGGCUUGGAUCGAUGCAUAUUAUCUGCAUUCAUUUCCCAUUAUGUGGCUGAAGUAGUUUGCGAAUUUCUAUCGUUAUCAUCACUUAUUCUUCCAAUCUUCUGAGGACUUCUUCAUUUGUUACUUGGACAGUUCAGUUCUUGAGUAUUCGUGAGAGGGAUUGGGAUUCUUGAAGAAGGCACUCACCUAUUUUCUAUAUAUUUUUCACAUUUACAUUUUAAAUGAAUAAUCUGACUAUUCUUAAGGUGUGUAUCUUUCAGAUACAGUCAAUAUAAGCUGCAGUUUCGCUAGUCUAGAUUUCACAAUCAGUUUCUUCACCAUUAAUGAGUUUUCAUAUUUCAUUAUUCAAAAUAAAUUUUUACACUUGAACAACAAUUCACAAAAUAUGUAUUUCCAAUUCUUUAAGCUAUAUAUCUAUAUCAAAUUUUCAAGAUAUAAUGUUUUUGUCAAUAAUAACCUUCAGUUCAAAAUUCCAUUAAGACAACACAUUAGCUUAGAAAUUAAUUGAAAAGAAACAGUUCCAAUGUAGAAAUCAUUUUCCAAUUUUUCAGACACACCUCGUAUUUCUAUAUAUAUACAGGAAACUCUGGAGAAAUAUUUAAAAGAUGUAUGUUUUUUUUCAAACUGUAUAAAACUUAUUAAUAAUAGCUACAAUUUUCAUAUUUUGACUUUGAUUUGUUAAAACCCACAUUAUGUAGCUGUAAUACUUGAUUCAAUUACCUUUGUUACGUUAGUAUUUAGUUAAAAAGUUUUCAGUUUUAUCUGAAUUUGAUUAUUACUUUCUAUUUCAUAUCACAUUCCAAAUAAAUAUUAUUUUAAUAAUAAUUAUAAAGUUUAUGUAUAAUAACUAAUAAGUCAAGUACUUAUUUAAAUUGUUGGAUUCUCAUCAACAAUAAAAGUUUUGAAAAUAUUUUGUGCAAACACGUUAGACUGUAUCAAUUGAAUUUAUUUAUUGAAAUGUAAGAGUUUUUUUAUAUAAAUAAAGAGAUGAAUGUAA